GUGAACCUUGGCAGCCAUCAGUACCUGUUCACGGUCCAGGUGGACCCAUCUGAGAUGCCGUGUCUUUGUCUCCGUCACGAUGUGGAUGCCCUGCUGUGGCAGCCCCGCCCGGACCGGCCCGAGGACCUGUGGGAACACGUGGCCACCUUCAACGCUUUGGGUUACGUCCAGGCGUCCAAGCGAGACAAGAAGUUUGCCACCUGCGCUCCCAACUUCUCCUACGCGGCGCUGUGCGAGUGUCUCCGCCGCACCUUCAUCUACUGCCAGCCAUCCCCCGUGGACACGGUCCUCGUCAACAGGAAGCAGGCGCGUCAGGUGGGACAGGUGGCCAAGCAACAGGUGGCCAGCCUGGACUCGGACAAGUCCAUCCUGGGCUUCAGAGCGUCCAACGAGAGGCUGUUCGUCCUGACGUCCACUCACCUGUUUGUCCUGAAGGUCAAUAAUUAGACCUGAGACACUCCGGGGUCCUGGGUCAGAGAAUCUGAGCCAAUCAGAUCGUCUCGUUUCCUGGGUCAGCGAAUCUGAGCCAAUCAGAUCGUCUCGUUUCCUGGGUCAGAGAAGCAGAGCCAAUCAGAUCGUCUCGUUUCCUGGGUCAGAGAAGCAGAGCCAAUCAGAUCGUCUCGUUUCCUGUCUCAUUAAAAGAAUGAAGUUUACCUUUAAUACAGAAAAUAAAGCUUUGAAAUGAGAA